AAAUCAAAUUUCAAAUGUCCGUUGAGAUUUCGAUGCACGAAAAUGUUGUUUUUCGUAGAUAAACUUGUAAAUUAGUGUUUAUUUCAAGUGUUAUGUGACUUUACAAAGUUUUAUACACAUUGCCAGUGAUUUGAAAGGUUUUACUAGUGUAUAGAAGUGCGAAAUGAUGUUGGAAAGUCCGAUAUCAUCGACACCGGAUUUGAUAAGGCUGAGGAAAAGUCUUGGCGGGAGCGCGAAUACAUCCCUCCGGAGACGAAGCCUUAUCCCGAAAACUCCUGUAGCUGAUGCUAGACUCGAGGCCUGCAAUGACGAUGACGAGGAGCGCUCGUCGCUGCUGGCUCGUGAGCGCGCGGUGGCCACGUCCACGCCGCAGUCGCCGCGCCGCGCCCGAGACACCAUGUCCUCGUCGCCGCAGAAGGAACACUUCCAGGGCUGUCUCAAGUUGUACGCUGAGAAUAAAAUAACAAAAGACAAUGCGUGGAACCUCCAGCUCAUAGACUUCAUGUCGAGCAUGCUUCGGAGACAUGACACGCGCAUGGAGAACCUGCAGACCGCCUCCACGGUGGUGGACGCCUCCGCGCGGAUCUACAGCUUCAGAGUGGACGCGGUGCACCAUGAUGUGCUGAAGAUGGCCGGUGGGCUCACUAAGGCUUCUCAUGCCAAGCGAGGUAAGAAAGACGACGACGCGGCCACGCAGGAUGACCCCGGCGACGGCGAGCCCGCGCAGACGCAGGCCGUGAAGAAGAAGAAGAAGCGCAAGGGAGCCGUGGCGCAAGACCCUGACGUGUUCAACGGAGACUUUGAUGCUAACGAUUGUAUUGAUCCAUUCUUCGAGAGACUAGCGGCGACGACGGGGGAUGUGACGUCAUCGAACAGAGCCUUCAACGCGACCCUGCCCAUACACGAUAACACCCUCGGACUUAUAUUGAGGACCGACGAGCCCUACCUAGAAGCCAUCAGCGAAGAGGCCACAGAGGACAUAGACCUGUCCGACAGGACGACGCUGCCGCUGAAGCUGCUGCCUCCCUUCGCCGGAGACAGGAUCUGCGAGCCCUUCGCCGCCUUCUCCAUCAGCAACUGGGACCCCGACACUGAGGAUGACGACAAUCGCGUCAGCAACUGGGUCGAGGAGAAUCGGCUCAACUUGUCGCAACAAGCGCUCGCGUUUGAUGUCAACGCCGAAGUGGAGCCCAUACCCGUGGACGAGGCGCAUAAUGAUCUGUUGGACGACGAACCCCUAGCGGGCAUCGACAGCGACGAGGAAGCCGACGUGGCCGUGGCGGCGUGCGUGGCGCGCCUGCCGCCCGCGCCCGCGCCGCGCCUCACGGACAUGCGGCCCGGGCGGGGAGACUGCCGGCUGGAGUACUCGUAUAGCGGAGCCGUGGUGCAGGCCUGGGCCGGCCCGAGGCACUGGCGGCUGAGGAAUAAUAGAGCAUCAGAACGCACCCAAUCCACCGCCGGCGGGCUAACCAACACCAACCACAACAAGAAGCCGGCUCGCAGCAAGCGGCAGCUGGACUUCCUCAAUGCCGGGCUCGCCUUCGAGGCGGGCGGCGGCGGCGAGUUCGAGCCCGCGCCGCCUGCCAAGGUCAUGAUUAGCAGGAAGACGCUUGCGACUGGACAUGCGUGGAAUGAGGCGAACUUUAAGACGCCUGUUGAUCGAGGUCUAGACGAGUCCCACUUCUACAAGCUAUACCUACGUCAGUCAGUCACCCUCCGCGCCCCCGCGGCCCCCGCCCCCGCGCCGCCCGCGCCCGAGCCCAUGCUGGAUGAUGAACCGAGAGACUACGAUUAUAAUAAUGAGAACGACGCGUCGUAUUGUCCCACUAAUGUGCCGGAGGGCGAGGAGUGGGGUCCCGAGGACGGCGCGGCGGCCGAGCUGCCGCACGCGCAGCCCGACGGCGAGCUGGGCGACAUGCUGGAACCACCCACCAAGGUGGCGAAAAUCUUCAUUCCCUACGCGAUGCGAGCGAAAAAGGUAGACAUGAAGCAACUGAAGCAUCAAACCUGGAACAUGCUGACGGAGAGAACUCCAACAGGCGAGAAAGAAGAUGUCCAACCGACUACAUUCUUCUCCAUCUAUUCACGACUACCGAACAAACUGUCCACUAAUAUGAAAGAAUCUCUAAGUGUGCCGCUAGCCUUAUUGUCAGUCCUACAUUUAGCCAACGAAAGAGGAUUGAUAUUAGAUAAACGGGAUGACCUAAAAGAUUUCGAUAUCUUAGGCCUUAUUAAGUAAUUUGCGCAUAAUUAAAUGUGGAUAUUGUCUGCAUGGGUAGGAAAUGAGUAUUUUAAUACGAAUAAAAGAUUUCAAUAAAGUAUGUAAUUGAUAUUUGCAUCACAAAAUGUACUCCUUUACAAAGUGUAAAGUAAUGCGGGCCAUGUAAAUACGCUUUUUAAAACGUUGCUGUUACAAUUUAAUAUGAAAUGUGUUAUGAAUUUUAAGAUUGCAUUUGUUAUUUUGGAUUUACUUUGUAUCGUAGAAAUGCUAUGUUAGUAUAAUGUACAGGUGAUUUUGUAAGAAUUUAAUUUUGUAUUUUCUGUACGUGACCAUCUAAAAUAAAUAAAUUUACUUGAAAUA